AUGAGGCUCUCCGUCGCGUCCUCUCUGUCAUGGGCAGUAGCCUUGGUUGGAGCAUCCCCUAUUGCUCCAGCAGAGGGCCUCGUAACUCGUGAUCACGCUUCAGCUUUGACGACUGCAAUCUACGAGAACAUGCAAUAUUACGCCGAGUACUCUGCGUCCACAUAUUGCAACAGCGACAAUGCUGCCGGCUCCUUGGUGACCUGCGAGGACGGUUGCCCGCAGGUCAUGGCGAAUGGGGCAACAGUUGUCGGCUCUCUGCCCAACACCACCGUGUUUGAGAUGGAAGGCUAUGUUGCACUCGACACUGUCAGAAAGGAGAUUGUUGUCGCCUUCCGCGGCUCGUCCGGUCUCCGCAACUGGAUAGCGGACCUCACCUUUCUCCAGGUGCCAUGCAAUUAUACGACUGGCUGUGCCGUUCACAGUGGAUUCAAAAUUGCAUGGGGGUCAAUUCGGCAAUACACACUGGACUUCAUCAAGAGCGCUUUCGCUGAGUACCCAGGCUAUACACUUGUCGUCACGGGUCACUCCCUUGGGGGUGCGGUGGGCACCCUGGCAGCCAUCGAGCUCAGGAACUUGGGCUACGCCUGCGAUCUCUAUACUUACGGCUCGCCCCGGGUCGGCAACCUCGCUCUUGUCAAAUACGUCACCAACCAAGUCGGCGCUGAGUACCGGGCAACGCACUUUGACGAUCCUGUCCCUCGCCUGCCGCCCAUCCUGUUUGGCUACUUCCACACCAGCCCCGAAUAUUGGCUCGCCUCUGGUCCCGCCACCGAUGUCGAUUAUACCAUUGAUGAGAUCGAUACCUGCCUGGGCUAUGCAAACGUGAGCUGCAAUGCGGGAACCUUUGGGCUAGACGGCGAUGCCCACGUCCACUACUUCCAGUACAUGGGUUGCGACUCUGUGACCACCAGCACAGACAUGUCACUCUCGACGAGAGACGACGUUUCAGCCAACCCGUUGUGGACACGCGACGAUGUUUCUGAUGAGGAGCUGGAGCAAAGACUCAACAACUAUACGACGCAAGAUCUUGCGUACAGUCGGCAAUUGGCCGCCGACGGUUCGGCGAAUUGA